AUGUCUGAGGAACCAUUCAACCAUGAACACAUGCUUACCCCUGUUUUCCUUGGGGGCAUGUUCGCGAUGUCUCUUUGGGGAGUAACAUGCCUUCAAACUUUCACAUAUUUUUCGAGAGGCUGGAAUGAUCCUCUCUCUUUGAAGGUCACGAUCGCCAUACUUUUUAUGCUGGACACUCUCCAUAUGACCCUUACAGUGCAUUUGGACUAUCACUACAUGGUUCUCAACUUCGCCAACCCCCUAGCGCUCAUUGAGCCUGUCUGGAGUUUGUUUUUCCAUACCCUGCUCAUCACCUCGACCAAUUUUGUCAUUCGAUCGCUAUUCGUCCGUCGCAUCUGGAUACUAACCAAAGGUCGAAGGCUCCGGUUAAUCAUCGCCGUACCGAUCAUGGCAUUAUCAAUGGCUGAUUUGGUAUCGGCAUUCUUCAUUACUGCAAAGGCUUUCCAGCUUCCCAAUUUGCUGCAAUUGUACCGGCUAGCCGUAUACGCCUAUAUCUCAUUUAUAUCUGCUACCAUUGCCGAUCUGGCCCUAACCGUCGCAUUGUGGUAUAUUCUUCGAAGCUCGAGUACUGGUUUCAAGCCAACGGACAGUGCUAUCUCGAUUCUCAUCAAAUACAUCGUAAAUACCUGCGGGAUUGUCACGUUGUGCGCCUUUGUGUCUAUGUCGCUUUACAUCGCCAUGCCCGAGACGUUCGUUUUCAUGGGAUUCUACCUUCUCCUCAGCAAAUUGUAUAUCAAUUGCUACCUCGCAAGCAUGAACGCCCGUGACGAUAUCAGGAGGACGAUGAACAGUACCCAAGAGCAUAUCUCCAUCCACCUGACCGAUGUUUCCCGAGGUCGGGUCAGCACUCUCGACGCCACCACGGGCACCCUUUCCCCAGGGCUCGAGAAGGGCCCUCGCGUCAGCAGUCAGCUUUCCGUUACAGUUCACACUUUGGUGGACCGGCAUGUCGAUCAAGCGCACGUGGAGUCUGGCUUCCAGAAGUAA